AAAAAAAGAGGAAUAAAAUAAAAUAAAUAGCAUGCUGGAGACAGACAGAGCCAGAGAAAACCCUCAUAGAGAAGAAAGAAAAGUAGCAAACACAAACACCACAUCCAUUUUUUUCAUUAUUAAUAUAUUUUGGUGAGUGUUGUUGAAGAAGAUGAGGUGGUGCUUCCUUCCACACCCUCUCUCUCUUCCCUCUCUGUUCUUCAUCAUCUCUAGAAAGACCCAUCACCAUUUUAAACUCUGAAAUGCUUCUCUGACUUCAAAAAACUAAUCUUUUCUCACUUUCAUUAUCUGGGUCUUCUUCCUUUUUCCAUUCUCUCACAUAUUUGUAUAGAUCGGUGACGAGAUGAAAAGAGGCAGAGGAGUAGCAGCUGCUGCUGCGGCGGCGAUGGUGGUGGAGGUGAACGGAUCGGCGGUGCUUAAGGAGCCACGCUACCGGGGCGUCAGGAAGAGGCCGUGGGGGAGAUUCGCAGCGGAGAUCAGAGACCCGAUGAAGAAGGCGAGGGUCUGGUUAGGCACGUUUGAUUCUGCAGAGGAGGCGGCGCGUGCGUAUGACGCCGCCGCACGCGCUCUUCGUGGACCGAAGGCUAAGACAAACUUUCCUCUCUCACCUUUCUGCUACCACCACCCCGCCGCCGCGGAUCCCUUCUACUACGCCGCCGGGAACAACGGCGGUGUUGUUCAGGACCACCAUCAUGUCAGUAAUCCGCAGAGGCCUACAUCGAGUGGCAUGAGCAGCACCGUGGAGUCCUUCAGUGGCCCCCGUCCUCCCACCGUGAAGCCUGCGGCGGCGGCGCCGUCAUCAUCCCGCCGGUAUCCUCGCACUCCGCCGGUUGUACCUGAAGACUGCCACAGCGACUGUGAUUCCUCCUCAUCUGUCGUUGACGACGGUGAUGACAACAUCGUAUCCUCAUCGUUUCGCCCGCCGUUGCCGUUUGAUCUCAACGCGCCGCCGUGUGAUGUUGCCGACGUGGCUGCCGGCGAUGAUGAUGAUAUUCGCCGGACCGCCCUCUGCCUCUGAUAUUCAUUAGAAAAGUGAUUUUUAAUUUCUAAUUUUUCUCUUAUAUUGUUAUUUAUUUUCUUAUAUUUAUGGUAUGCGGAAAAAAUGAAAAGGAUGAUCAGAUGUAAGAUUAUGGUAAUAUGAUCUUAAUUCUGUGAGAGUAUGUUUCUGUGAUGAACAAUGUUAAUUUCUUCUUCUUUUAUAUUUAA